UUCGUGAAUCCAUAUCACUAUCCCCUGAACUCUGAACCUAUAGCACUUUCCAAACUCACCCUACCAAAACCCAAGUUCUCCCUGCAAUGGUUCUGCCGCGGUGCUACCGCCGUCCGUGCUGUUGGCGUCUCUACUUCCUCUCUUGUAGUUCGACGUCCUCCUUCCCCCUGUCCCCGUCCUCCCUGGAUUCUCUCGAACUUGGAUCAGCUCGCCACUGUGUCGCCACUCGCUGUCGUCUCGUCGGACGCCGUCCAUGUCGCCGUCGAAGGCACAUUGUUCUUGGAAGAGGCACUUUUGGCUAUAUUUUGAUGCUUGUUCAACUUACAAUUCACGGUAAUUUGGGGAAGAUGAUAAAUGCUGGCUUUUUCCGGUCAUCCUUUUUCUGUUCAAGUCGAUACAAGCUCGCUUUGUCAAUUGGCACAUAGCAAAUAGAGAAAUCCAAGAUUUUUCUCUCUUUUGUCUGGAUCCUUUUUGGGCUCAUGAACCUGGUUUAUGAUAGCAAAUAGGAGGAACAUAAUGUGCAUCAACCACAACAACCACAAUGAAUGUGUUCCUCCUCCAAUGGGUUAUGGUAGACCACAACAACCACCUUAUCAAUACAGUUACUAUCAUCAUCAACAGCGUUAUCCACCACAACCACAACCACAGCCGCAGCAACAGGCUCCUCCUCCUCCUCCUUCUCCACGCUCAUAUUAUGGUGAUGCUAAUGGAUGCACCAUAUCAUGAGCUCUGCUACUUAUUAAUAGUUGCUUCUUAGUUCAAUUGUAAUUCUUCUAAUGUUUUGGCGUAUAUCCUAUGGUUUGCUUAUAUAUCCUAUGAUUUGAUUUUGACCUUUUUUUAUGAAGAGAACUACCUAACUAAGAAUAUGACAUUAUUUUGUAUUUAAACUACAUUUUAAUCUAUGACUUUUGCAUUUUUA